UGAUGAGCGACUGGGCAGCCAGGGUGGGUAUAUACCCCCUCAUACCCCCAACCCUCCUAAACCACCCCAACACCUCGCCCAGCUGCCCAGCCCUCCUUCCAACACCACUCUAGCUAACCUACCGUCACCCCGAGGCCCUUAUCUGGUGCUUAAGUGCGUCCCCGAGGCCCUAAGGCAGUGUCUACGAUCGUUACAAGGCGAUUAUAGCUGUCCGAGGCCCUUAUCUUGUCCUCAAGUGCGUCCCCGAGGCCCUAAGGCAGCGUCUACGGUCGUUAGAAGGCGAUUGGAGCUGAUCUGCCAUCACCCGAGGCCCUCAACUUGUGCUCAAGUGCGUCCCCUAGGCCCUAAGACAGCGUCUACGGUCGUUAGAAGACGAGUGAAGCUGCCCGAGGCCCUCAACUUGUGCUCAAGUGCGUCCCCUAGGCCCUAAGACAGCGUCUACGGUCGUUAGAAGACGAGUGAAGCUGCCCGAGGCCCUCAACUUGUGCUCAAGUCCGUCCCCUAGGCCCUAAGGCAGCGUCUACGGUGUUAUAUACGCCAAUUCCAUCCUCCUACCCUAACCCUGGCGGGUAUGUGGGGUUGUGUCGGGUACCUGGUGGUGGUGGGCACAUAUGUGGGCACGUAUGUGGGGGCGGCCGCCCCCGGCGACCCUUACGACUUCCUAUAUAAGGAGGGCGUGACGGCCUACCUGGAGGAGGACUGGCUCAAGUGUAUCAAGAACUUCGAGGCGGCCCUGCUCGACUACCACUGGGUGCGGGAGCACGUCGCUAGUUGUCGGAGGAAAUGCAGCGGAGAGAGUGCAGCGGGCAAGCUCAUGUCGGCCAAACUGUCGGAAGAUGACAGGUUUUACGAGAGAGCGGUGUAUAACACCUUGUGCGUGGUGAAGUGCAAGAAGUCUAUUUUUGGCUCGCGAAUGGAUCGGAUAGUCGAGGGUAAUAUCAACGAGGAUUUUCACAACAGAAAGCCCUAUGACUAUCUUCAGCUUUGCUACUUUAAAGUUGACGAGUUCAAGAAAGCGGCUGAUGCGGCGGCUACGGUGCUGGCGGUGCAGCCUGACCAUGAAGUGAUGAAGACCAAUCUGAAGUAUUAUCUCGCCGAGGGCCCUCUCAAUGCCGAAGAUGUUCUCAAUUUGGAGCUUCAGGAGUAUGGUAAAGAGUUCAUCAAGGGGAAUGUGGCAUAUAAUAAUGGAGACUAUAAAACGACAAUUAUACACAUGGAAAAGAGUUUGGCUUUGUUCUAUGAUGCGAUGGAAGAUUGCCGUCACUUGUGCGAAAACCCAUUUGAUCAGGGCUGGUUCCCUGAUUUUAUUUCAUCACUUGCAAAUCACUACACCUUCACGCUCCGCUGCAAGAGAAGAUGUACCUGGCAGCUGAGCAAUCUGUACGGGGAAAUCAUGGACGAUUUCUUUUACUCGUAUUUCAAUUAUCUGCAAUAUUCGUACUACAAAGAGGGUGAUACAGAGAAGGCUUGUGAAGCUGUAGCAACCGCACUCUUCGUAAAUCCCACAGAUGAAGUACAAAUACGCAAUAAGCAGUUCUUCAUUAUAGAUGAGGGAGUUUCUGAGGACCUCUUUGUUCCAAGAAAGGAUGCUGUGGCAUUCAUCGAGAGGGAGGACUUCGAAGAGAAGCUGAUGGAGUAUAUUGAAACCCAUUUUGUCUUUCUGAAGGAUGAUGAUUUUGACGACGAUGAUGACAGUGAUGCUACUAAGUAUUCGUCAGGCUUACCAAACACCAAAGAAGCUAAAGGACUGUUGGAGCGGUUACCAGAAACUGCUCGAGCCGCACGCAAACGCGUUGUGGCUCAGUUCAAGACAAUGUCUCAGAUGGGGAUUCAUCUCCUAAUGUCGGAACGUGAACUGCAUGGCCGAGGGAGGAUGGUUGCAGAUGGUUUUGCAACACCUUUGCAAUGCCUGGUGUUAACUGAACUAACAAAGUUGGCAGCAGUGGAGGGAGACGGUUACAAGCAGAGUACGUCGCCACAUACACAAGCGGAGAAUUUUCAAGGCGUCACAUUGGGACGAGCAGGCAUGAUGGUCCAUGCUAAAUUGAUUGCUAAAGAAGCUUUGGAAUUGAUUCUUGACGUAACAGACCGCUGUCGCGAUUACCUGGAACGAUACUUCAAUCUCAAAGAGCCAUUAUAUUUUGCUUUUACACAUUUAGUAUGUCGCACAGCUAAACCAGAGAUGUCAGAAAACAGGUCAUUAUCUGACCUCAGCCAUGAAGUCCAUGUUGACAACUGCCUAUUACAAGAUUCUGGAGAGUGCCUCAGAGUUCCACCAGCCUACACAUACAGGGAUUACAGUGCUUUGCUGUACCUGAAUGAUGAGUUUGAAGGCGGUGACUUUAUUUUCACGCAUGAUAGAUCAGGAUUAUCACAUGAGGCCAUUGUGCGUCCAAGAUGUGGCAGGAUGGUAGGCUUUUCUUCGGGUCCAGAAAAUCCGCAUGGAGUUUUGCCAGUUCUUGACGGAAGCAGAUGUGCAAUUGGAAUGUGGUUUACCCACGAUAAACUCUUUAAAGAGCUGGAACGUACAUUAGCAGAAACACUCUUGACUAGGUUGAAAGAUGACAGUGUAUAGUCCGAGUUUACUAAAGUUGGCCGACCAGAAAAUGUACUUAAUGUUUGGAGUAUAAAUGAUCAUUUUAUAAUACUGGUUGAAUUAUUCUAGUUUUCUGUUCAGAAGUUUUCAUAUUUGUCAUUUUCUGUCAUAUUCUUGGAUAAUAAGUUUUCAUAAUACAGUAUUUAUUUUUAUGUGGUUAUCUUGAGAUGGUUAGGUUAUCUUGAGAUGAUUUCGGGACUUUUGUGUCCCCGCGGCCCGGUCCUCGACCAGGUCUCCUCCCC